AGUAUGUAGGAGUAGGAUCUAGCAGUAGCACGUAGCAGUAGCAUGUAGUAUCCGAGCGGGCAGUUCGGACGCAGCAAGUAUGCUUCGACUCUACAUUUUAAUGUCAUUUUUCUUCUUGUCUACAACCACUAGGGUGUGCUCUGGUAUUUUGUAAGAUUAUUUAGAAAAACAAUACUUGAAAACAAAUAUUGUAUUAAUACAGUGUACAGGUCUUAAGUCACGUUAAACCUCAUAGUUUCUUCCCUAGAAAUUGAACGGGACAAAACAAGUAUUUAGUUGAUGUUUUUAAAAAGUCUAGGUUGAAAUGUGAUAGAGAUUUUAACAACUGUCGCAAACUGUCGUAAAGUAUAUGAUGGUAGGUUUGGCGCCCCCGCUCGGCGGUGAGAGACAUUACAGUGUUGUAGCUGGCGAACAGACGACCUGCUGGGUAAACAAGAGUGGAUGCCUCGAAAGGCUGGAAUGGCAUCUUCGUCGAGGGCUUAUAGUGAGACAUUUCUAUUUUGACAAAAAGAAACAUCAUAGAGAGGACGCGGUAUUACUAAAGAAUCACUAGGAUUCGUUUACGGGUCAAAAUGUUCAUGUAUAAUCGUGUUUUUGAUGAGUGAAGCGGAGCUAGCCUUUAUGUUAGCUUAGCUCUUAGCCGUCCUGGGCCCACUGCCUUCGAUCUUGCCUCUCGGAUCAGCUCGGGACUCUGUUGACAGUAUCACAAUCCCAGCUACUAACGUCGUCCUCGGAUUGCGUUUUCUAUGCAGGCCUACCAAGUUGCAGUAGGGCUUAACAUAGAGAAAACUGACAGUUUUCAUCGCUUGUCACUAUUUUCCACAGGAUUCAAUCUCACAUGAUACAGAAAGGACGGUGACACAUUUCGAAAAAAGGACUUAAACGCAGGUAUGACUCGUCUUUGUUGUCUUCUAUGCCAGGCUAGGCGGCUAGCUGUCUACUUUGGUAUCCGCUGUAUUGUUUUCACGAUAAUCUUGAGAGAAGUUACACAUGUUUUGUGAGGUGUAUUCAGAUCAUCCACGCUUCAUAACACGACUUUCUUUGGCCUUAGUCACUCCACCAGCGUUUGUGGGACAGAGGCAGACAGCAGCAGUUGUAUUGUAAUUGCUAAUCGUUGCAGAAAUUAUGCUAAGCCUCAGUUUCAGGCUUGGUGCUGUCAAGCUGCAUAAUAACCAAAGAAAGCUCUGUUUAUGAUGGCUUAUUUUCACAGCUCGAUGGUCGUUUCACAGACAUAUAGCACUGUUAGCAGCAGCCCAGUAGUCCUGUUUCUGUCGUACCGAUGUCAUUAUUGUGACAGCAUAUUUAUCUUCCUCUGCUUUGCAUGAUAACACCCUUUCUGUUGUGAUAGUUAAGGUUAUUUGUUCCUCCUAAUGUGAAUUUAGUUUUGUUCAGCCUUGAUGCAUUAGAUAUCCCCUAUUAGAGCUGUCCUCUGAGGCCCCUGGAUUCAUGCAUGUCAUUGCGCAGCUUUCUUUGUGCCAUCGUAAGGACUUGGACUUAUUAGUGAAUUGUACAAAGAAGCAGAAACGAAGUGCUAGCUGUCUAUGAUGAGUUCACAGCAUUCACAUGUCACCUGGUCCCUGAAGAUAACAUCCCCUGGCAUCUUCAUCAGGUUUAGGUCAAUUGACCAUCCUGCAUGCUGUGGCAUAAUGAGAUGAGAAUGGAUAAUAAAAUCUAAUUACUUUCACAGGAUACUUAAUGCAGUGAGGUAGACAUGAACAUCAUGGACACCUGUACAGUUUAAUGCAGUCUUGUACCAUCACCCUGCAGCAACUAUCACCAGGAAUGUUGUUGUGUUACAUUAUUACUGAUACACUGCAGGAGAGGUGCAAAUGAGCAAUGAAGGUUGUGGGUCUGUGUUAGUUUGUGGAAAAUCUUUUUGAGUGUUGCAUUUCAUUACAACUGUGGACCCACAAAAGGGAUAAAUCGCUUCAAUGCUGGAUUUGGGUGUUAAGAUUUUAACCACGAGAUGUUUAGUUACAUGAAAUUACACAGGGAUACUGACAGACUUUGUUGUUGUUGUGUUUCUCGAAGCAAAACAUACAGAUUUUUUGAAAACUGUGAGUUAUUCACUCGUGUGUGUUGGGUAGGUAAAUAAUUGGUUUUGUUUUCUUAUCUUGAAGUACAUCACUUGUACUCCAAGACGGCCACAUAUGGAGGGUCAGUACAGUAUGUUCCUAAAUCGUCUACCAGUGUAGUAGCUUCAAGAUUUUUGUUUUCAGAUUACAUCAUAUCAAGAAGUGUGGCAGGCUCGCUGCUGUGGGCGAUAUCACCACAUGCAUAUAGUCCAUAAACCUGCACUUGUGUGAUUUUUUUUUUUCACACUGUCUGUAAUGCUCUGUGAUUAUUUUCUGGAGAGCACAGUUUGUUACCGAAUGUCACUGCAGAUAUGGAACACCCUUUGAGAUAAACGACACUAAGGGAUCUGCAGUAAGAGGAAUCAUUCUACAAAGAAAACUCAAGUAUGAGUGAUCAAAUGUGCUGCUGCUUCGACUUCAAAAACGUGCAAAUGCAGAACCAGUGUUUUUGCUUAAAAUACAAAUAAAGGAUGAUCAAAGUGACCAGCAGAAGUGGUACCUGGCCACAUCAAAGAAUCUUUGAGUAGGAAAGUCAUUAUAAACCAAUCUGGUCUGUUAACAAUCCUUAGGGUACUGUUUGCGCCUGUAAUCUUGAUACAUUAUGUGCUGUACAUGAAGCUAUUAAAGUGCUGAAUUCAUUUACUCACAUACAGAAAUAUCACAGUAUCUUAGCAAUGAUACAAUGAUACCACCCUGUUAGAGAUUUGGGGAUCAAAGUUGAAAAAAUCAAGUUAACAUCUCUGUGUAAUUAAGGAGGGGUGCGGUGUGUACCUCUUUAAAAGCACAUAUUUAAAUAAAUCCCCUGUCAGGUAUAGAUAGGAGUUGAUUUAUUGUUGUAAAUGUUCCCUCCAGUGUUAUUUACAGCUUAGGGCACACAGAGUAUUUUCAUCGUUUUGUUUAUGCUGGUGCACCAGAAUUUCAAUCCCACAUUACUUGGAUUUGGCAGAAAGUGAAGUAAGCCAUGUGUCUUCUGAAAAAACACAAGAAGCAAGGCCGAUACAAACUUUUUCAAAGCGUUUAGGGAAGUGGCCUUCAUUUUGUCAUUGCUGGAAUUUGGUGUUGCUCUAGGAGACCUUACACAGUCGUGAAAAUGUUCCCUCUAAAGAGUCGCUGUGUCUCGUGAUAGUGAUUGUUGGUGCUCACUGAUAUGAACCAAAGUCUGUCAAAGUCUUAACCCAAAAAUGAAUCACAUUCAUGGUGGAUAACGCACCUUUAUUUAUCCUGAUUCAUGUGAUGUCUGUAAUCGACUGUAAACAAAACACUGAAAUACUGACUCAGCCUUUACUUUUGACUCAGCCUGUGGGUAUUUAUGUUCUGUCUUUGUACGCACAAACAGAAUGAUUGUUGUAAGUGAAUGUAUUGCUCAAAAUGUAAGACCAUGAUGUGUUGUUAUGAGCAUAUCAUUUAUUUUUUUUGUGCUGUUGAGUUUCCUUAAAAAAUGCAACAGUAACAUCUGUAAAAAUCCAUGACAGAUUUAUUGUUCAUAUAUAACUAUUUAAAAAGAUAUCGGUUAUGCACUUCGAAUCAAUAUUCCUAAAAGGCUGUUGGACAGUCAAGUACAGAAACAUAGUGGGAACUAUAACACAAUGAAGCAGCUAUUUAGCCAUGUACUCUGUACCAAACAAGUCCCACACAUAGUCCCUUUAAUGGAGCUGCCUGAACUAACCAGGACUAUGUAAUUGGGUCAAUAGUGACUCACCCUGAAUCUAUUAGGCUAAUUCAUCACAGAUCUCUAAUUUCAUAGAUAUGCUAAAACAGUCUGUAUUCACACCUCUUUGGUCACGUCCACAUUUACAUCUUGACACUUUUCUGUCUUUUAUUUUUUACAUUAUGCUUGGAAAGACUCAAAUCUGUAUCUGAUAACAUAUUUCUGUCCUUGUCUGUGAUUUAUUGUGGUGGUUAACUCUUUCUUUUCGUCUUUUAUUUAGGUUUUGUGAGAUGCAGCUGAUACACUCUUAGGAUUUAAUGCAAAUGCACACCGUGUUUGCCCUGUGAGGACAAACCUGCCGCCAUGAAGAGUGAGGUGCCAUCUGAGGCCCCCAGCAGACAGGAGCAUCUGAAGGAGCCACUGGUGAACCCUGAGCCCAUGGAGGCAGCCAAGAGCUUCUCCAACAACAUGGAGAUGAUUGGGAAGGCAGGCAGUGAAUUUGAAACCCUAUGUGAGUCUCAGCAUCUGCCUCUGAGGGAUACAGGAACACACAGAGACUCAGAACGGAGCCUUCCUGGACGCAGGAAACGAAAGGGCCAACAGGCAGGGCCUUCAGACUGCUCACUUAAAGAGGGCCAUAUUAGUGAAAGCUCACUGGCCCCCCAGCGUCCCCGGGUAGAACUUUUACAACACCCAAGUGAGGACGAACACAAUCAUGAGUCAUCUUUUAGUGACUGUGCUUCCUCCCCAUCAUCUAGCUUGCGAUUUGGUGACUCGGACACUCUUAGCUCAGAGGAUGAGGGGGAGGCUGGAGCAACAGGAGGCCAGCACAAGGCCACUGCCCUGACAACAGGAGGAGCUACUGGAGUUGGUCUACGUCCUGUUCUGGGCCGAACUCGGGGGAAUCGUUCCCAUAAGUGGGUACGUUCUGAGGCCGAACCAGUCCUGCUAAAGAGGCAAUGUCUGAGCAGCCGGCGGCCUCUGCAUAGGAAACGCUUUGUGAAAACAGCUCCUGGAGGGGGUCAGCGGACUCAAAAGCAAAAGGAGCGACUACUACUGCAGAGGAAGAAACGUGAAGUUAUCGCACGUAGGAAGUACGCUUUGCUCCAUAGCACCAGUAGUUCCAGCGAGGAGCUGAGUAGUGACUCGUCCUCCCACUCCUCUACCGAGGCAGAAGAUGAGCUGUAUGUAGAUGUCAGCAGCACCAGCAGCCAGCCCAACAGUGCUACUGUUGCCACAGGUAAUUACAAACCACCACUCUGUUUAGAUUUUUCUUUACUAUGUCUGUAUCCACACUUGAAUGCUCUGUUAUCUUGGCCACAUCAUCAUAUAGUAUGAGGUCUAUGCAGUCGGGCAUUAUGCUUAUCUAUUUCAUUGAUAAACAGUCAGUUAAUCAGGUUGAUUUAUUAGUUUUUUUGAGCUGAAUUUUUUUUACACCAGUUAUAGGAUUAAUGUGGCUUUUAAUGGAUAUUAACAGGAGUCAUGGUACAUCAACGUUUCCAUAUUAACGCGACUGACAUUUUUGUGCAGUUCAUCAGAAGAAGGUAAAGAGAGUCCUCAUCACACUUUUAACAGGGUAUGGAAAUAAUGUCACUGAGAUCUCUGAUUCUGCAGAAAAUCUCCAAUUCAGAGUGAAUUAACAUAUUUUAAUUGGAGAACAUUGAUGCCAUGUGAAUAAAUGUGCGCUGAAAAAGUGGGACAGAAAAACAAAAAUGGCUGAUGCUGGUUACCUGAUCAUUUUGUGUUGUUCUAAAGGGUCACUUUUGUGCAUGUGAGACAUAAUGAGAGACGUUAUUCAGCUCUUGAACUGUAAAGCUGUCCCAGUUAACUUACGAUUGCAGAGAAAUUGGAUCUACAGUAGGUGUGAUGUUCAAAAAUGCCCUUACUCACUGUGUGAUUACUGGAGCAGGAUCAAGAGUCGACAUGUUUUUAUUCCACAUCAAGUAAUUUCUGUCUAGCUUUCAGUCAAAGAGGGGAAAGUAAGUAGAGGACCUACCUUGUGUAAUGUUCAGCCAUUGUGAAAACAUAAAGCACUCUAGACUUCCAUUGCACAUGACGGCUCAUAGCCUCUAUAUAUUCAGUCAGAUCAGCGGUGUGACAGGUGUUUAUGUUCUGAAUAAAUUAGCUACACUCUACCGAACAAAAUCUCCAAACUUGAUUCAAACAAGCUUUCACCCCCAUCUGAUGAUUUCUUUUCCACCUCAGCUCACUCACCCAAGAACUUGAGGAAUGAUAACAAACAAAACCUUGAAAGAUAAAGAGUUGUAGCUAAUUGUCAGCCCAUAGCUUCACUUUCUUCCUGUUUGGCAACGCCAUGACAAUGAACAGAGGAGAAGAUGGUAGAGAAAUGAGGAAACUAGUUUAACAGAACUCAAAAAUCUCCUCUCCCUGAAGGUAAUAUUUUCACCCAUCAGAGGGAUCACAAUCAGACUGUAAGCCUCCAUGUAAAUGAAAUCUGUGUUUUAGUGAACAAAGCUUCCCCUAUACCUCGCUUCAUGUAGCCGUUUAGCCUCUGCAGUGUCUUCUGCUGCUGGGGUCUGUGGGGAGAAUGGAAAGUUAGUUGUUGAUGUCUCUGUGGUGAGAUGCAUGUGGAAGAAAACUUGGACACUGUGGAGUUGCAUCCUUUGCAUAGAAACCGAACGUCUCAGAGGGAAAACAAGACAUUUGUUUACAGCUGGGGAAAGCGGGUGAUGAAACCUGUGUUCUAGAUGCCCUGAGUCAGAGCAGGUGUGUGGUGUAGCCAGGAUACAGUUUGAUCCGACAGAUGAUAAUGAAUUUGGAGGAACAGUAUCUAAAAUCCCUUGAAUCCAGGUCAUACUAAGGUUGUUUUACAGUGGAAUUGAACUCAACACAAUCCCUGAAGUGAAGAUCUGGCUAAUGUCACAGUUAAAAUUCACUGCUCAGUGCUCAUACCUCCCACUGGAUCCGAGUCUUUAAACUCGGCAUAAAGGACUCUAAUCAUGGUGAUAUAGCCGUGCUCAUAUCAGCAUUGAUAGGUGCUGCUCUCUUAAUAUAUACGCCAAACAACGGUUACGGUUGUUUGUGUAACCACAUGAAGGUUUCAGCGGAAAGCCAAGCAGCUACAUGCACAGGGUGCUAAGCAGCAGUUCUCAAGAGGCAAUUGAAAAGGAAAUCACACUGGGGAGUUAUUAACCUUCCUACCAUAGCAGGUCACUAAGUGAUGAGCAAAAAGAAAAGAAAAAACAAAGGGUACACUUCCUCAGCAUUAAAGAGUGUGGUUUUGCAGGUCAUUCACAUGUUUAAUUCAGCAGUGACCUUCUUUGAGAUGUUUCUGACGGUUUUCAGGCUCCAGUUCAGUGUAAUUAUAACUGUUGAUGAGUAUAUCGAACACUUUCAUUGUACCUGCAAAUCUGAAAAGACCCUUCCCUCAAAAUGUUGAGCCCUUUGAUAUCAAUGAAAAAGUUUGUGUUUGCAAUGAUAACUGUAAUAUGUAAUAUAAUCUUUAAACAAAAGUAUGAUGAAGAAAACUUUGGUUCAUAAACCAGAUGUAUAACUUUGCAGCUCUUCCUUAAAAGAUCAGCAAUAAAUUUAGGGUGACAGCAAUUAACAAUAAUAUCAUAAUAAUAAUGCAUUAGAUUUAUGUUGCCCUUUAUCAGAGACCCUCAAAGUGCUUUACAUUAGAUACAUCAUUCAUUCGCUCACACAGUCACACCCUGGUGGUGGUAAACUACCUUAGUAGACUGACGGAAACGUGGCCGCCAAGCUGCAAUGGCCUUUCCGACCACCACCAAACAUCACUCACAAUCAUACACCAGUGGAGGACACACACACAGUGGGAGCAAGGUGGGCAAGUCUCAACGAACAGAGGAAGGAUAAGGCAGGAAUUGAACCAUCAGCCUUCCAGUUGUUGGACGCCCGCUCUCACCCUCCUGAGCUACUGCUGCCCAAAGUUAGAAACAAUCAUGUUGACAUGAGUGAAAUAAUCUUGAAGGGGGAAAAGACCUUCUCUGUAUAUGGUUUUAUGUUAUGUUCACCUCUAAAUGGGACUAGAAUAAAGAUGUAUUCUGGGUUUCACCUGAGGAAUGCAGCACAACAGGCGGGUUAUUAAACUCAGUUGUGUGAAUGUCAAUGUCAUCCUACUGUUUGAUAAUGCAUCCUUAAAAAAAGACUAUGCCAUUAAGCUAAGACGAGGUUUUGUCAGUCAGUUGUGCAGCUGUAUGACAAUGACAAUGACAGUCAAGCUGUCCCAUGAGAUUCUCGGCAGCAGAUGUAAUAGAGGACUUUAUUCUUAUAUAUAAAUGUGUUCAGCUUUAAAAAGCACAUCACUCAUACAACCCGGGCAGGCACUGCCAAGGAUGAGUGUGAUGUCUUUGUCUCAAGUUCGUUUGAGAUAGUUUAAGACUUAGUGCACAUGCUUAACUGUUCCACUUGUGUGUGACGUGAGUGUGUUAACGUGCCAUGAGAGGAAUAUGUGAGCGCAUGGUCUGUUUGAGUCAUAAACACAAAGACAAAGACAAUUCAAGGCAACAAAAAUUUAUUAUUUCUGUCUUUAAAUACAAUUGAGGUUCAAGAAGGCAUGUAGAGAAAUAGGUGAUAAGAUGCUUGAGUGUGUAAAUGUUGCUCCACUUUGGGGUUAAUUUUGUUGUUUCCAUAUUUGCUUCUAGAAAAGAGUGAACCCCAGUUUAAUGAAAAUAAGUAUUCUGCAUAUUCAGUCUUUGCUGAAAUGAACUCUUAUGUUCAUUCUGGUCUUACAUGACAUUCAUCCUCUCUUAGUGACCACACCUCAUCAGGCUCUGAUGCUAUUUUACUCAACUGUUGGCCUGAUGACUGUCCUCUCAGCAUGAUAAAACUGGAGAACUCAGGGCACUAACACAUCUUGCUUAGUUUUAGGAUGAGAAAUUGUAACACAAGUAGCACAGAUUUUUAUUGCAAAUGUGAGAAAAGAGAAGGUAAACUUGAGUAACAGGAAUAAUAUAGACUUUUGAUGUAAGAGGUGUGACAUGUGAAGCCAUGUUUUUUUUUUCAUUAAAAACACAAACAGGUCUUACUGUUUAUUAGUCAAACUUCAUUAUCCUUUAUUUUAAUUUCAAAAAGUUUUAACAGAGCAAAUGGACUUUUUUGCUCUGGUCUGAUGUUGUGGUGUCUUUCUGUGCUAAUACUGACUUGUUGUGCUCAGGUGCCCUGGAUGAGGAUGUGGUAGUGAUCGAAGCGACUCCAGCUCCGGCUCCUGCUGUCCCUGCGAGCGAAGAGAUUAAUGUCACCUCAACAGACAGCGAGGUGGAGAUCGUCACCGUUGGAGAUGGUUUCAGGUAGGCACAACACAUUUUCAUGGAAUUUUUGCUCCCUGCAAAGCCACAAAAUCUCUCUGCUGUUUGAGGACAAAGGUUUGUACUCAGCCUGUGCUUCAGAGGGAGGCUUGGGUAAAACUAAAGCUAGAUGAUAACUUAAUUUUACUCAAGAAUUUAAAUCUGCAGUAAAGGACAAUUUUUGAAGUGUGAACAUCGAGACUUUCUCUCCAACUCCCUCUGUGUCCCUUGGGUUGCUGGAGUCCCCCUGCCCUGAGGUUACAAAACUUGUGAUCCAUCUUAUCUUUUUCACUUGAAGCUGAUUUUGUGUUUUUCUCAGAAGAAAAAGAAAACUUAUUGAAAUGGUAAAUGAAGCUUGGUGUGAAACAAUUUGGAGGUUGUAAUCAGCGAGCUGUGGGUGAAACUUUUAACUUUUAACAGACAAAAGACACAUUUCAUGAAGCUUUUUCAGUGCCGCAGGUAUAUGCUAUGUUGUCUUUGUGAGUUAAUGUUUGGCAAUCAUGUGACAGCAAGCGGAAAACAGCUGAUAUAUUGUAUUUUUAGAUAGAGUAACAAUAUCAGUGUUGUAGUUACUAUGCUGGCCUGAAUUUUAGUCACUGUCUUGGUGCGGAAGUAAAGUGAUUUUGACGCGCUUCUAGUACAAUCCAAGGUUUUUGUUGAGUUAUAUUUUUGCCUUUUAAUUGAUUAAAUGAAAAACAAACAAAAAAAAAUCAGAUACGUCCAACUUACUACCAUGGUGAUGUUCGUGAUGAGGGUGAGAGUGGUGUCAGAGAUUAGCAGCAAAAACCGUGCGCUCUUCCCGUUCCCUAGAUCACUGCUUCACCUGUGUCCCUUUGUAGCAUUUACCUGCCCAUUCACCUGAAGUGUCCCUUGUGGUGAUUGUGUGAGUAACAAAACAAAACCCAAAAAAUAAUGUAGAUAAUAUGGCUCAUACAAAUGUCAAUACGCUAGCCCAGUUAGCAGAAAUACACUUCAUGUUUGGAGAAUAUGAAGUGAUUGUUGGGAUUGUUCCUUUAAACACAGUUUUAAGAGGAGAGAGUGUGGCUGGUAUCUGCUUGAAGGGAUAUUGUGAAGCAUGAGAUCACUGAAGAGCUCAGGCAAUAUUCAGUAGUACAUGAAUGUUAUUAUAGAUCCUUUCUACCUUUAACAUCCUUGAUGCUUCUAAAUAUAUAUGUGUAUAUAAAGUGUGUAUGAUCUAGGAGUAAAAACACCGUACUCUUUUACUAAGAGGGCUGCUAUGUAUCCACAGACUGAAACCAAGAUAUUUAUGAACAGAGCUCACACCGUCAUUCACUGCAACCCACUCCUUUUUUCCUCACCCCACUGAGAUUCUUAUUUCCCCAUUCUCAUAAAGGGACUUCCUGUCUCAAUUCUCCCCUAAUUCCUCAUGAAGGCAAUUAUGCAGUGGGUUGAUAAACCUCUGCCUCUGUGCUAACCUGUAUCUGUAUCCCCUCACUGCAUGGCAUACUUCUUUGUACUAACCCUGCAUAAUAUGACCAGAGACACUUUGGAAUAGUUCCUAGAAGUAAAGUUAGGAAUGCAAUGGCUCGUCCUAUCUGCCUGUUUUCCUAACUUUCAAAGAUGUCCUGGCUCGCUAGAGAAUGUGGAGAUGAGCUUCCCUGACGGGGGGAUGGGCAGCAGGGGAGCAGGAGGGUGGGGAAUCAGAGGCCAACAGAAUGAGCAAUGAAGGCUUUGUUUACACUGUCAGCGCUCUGACUGGUGAUUCUGUGUGGCUCUGUGCAGUUGUAUACUCAAAUACAUCUCAGACAGUGUUUUUAAUACAUGUACUGCAGUUUUGACUAACAUCAUUCUGUUUAUAUACUGAUGAGGCAAAGUAAAAAUACAGAAACACUUCCUGGUAUCAUGGAAUAGAGGUCAACAGCACCCACAAACCAUCUUUGCAAGUGUUCAUACAGCUGACUCAACAGUUUCAUCAAAGCCUGACCACUAAACAUUUUGUGAAUGCAGAAGUCAUUGAACUGAAUUCAUUGUAGCCCAGUUUCACUCAUUUCCAAUGUUUUUUAACAACAUGUAAACAGACCGUCUGUCUUUUUGCCCUGUCAUUGGCCUCUCUCUCCCUAGCUUCCUACUCUAUCCUUUUAGUACAUUUACAUGAUGUCCAAAAUUAUUGAUUUAUUGCCGUAGUCUGACUGAAACUGGACUUUGAAAAAAACAUGCAAGUCAGACUGAAACUGCACUUUAUCAAACUCAUCAUCUUAACAUACCUGGUUCAUGCGGUUGGGGGUUAAUUACCUGUCAUGUAUACGUCUCAGUCAGACCCAAACUGACGUUCGGUGACCUGCACAUGCCCAUGUGCUCGCACGCUGGGCUUUAAGCCAGAGGUUGAAUACCAUGGAUGUGUUGCAUGGAAACCGGUUUUUAUUCACAUUUUACGCAAUGUCCCAACUUUACUGGAAUUGGGGUUUGUCAGAAAAAGGAGACAAAGUCAUGUGUAGAGUUGAAGCACAAGAGGCGUGUGUGAAUUAUAAAGAGGAACAAAGACUUUUAGUCCGGGCUGUGCUGAUGUUAGCCAUACUCAGCUCAAUAGUUUUGAUAUUUUUCACUCACAGUCUAUGUGAUCCUGUGUCUAUGUUUGAUAAAUACAGCUUUAUUUUGCCUUCCUUUGAGUUUUUAUUUUUUACCUCCAAACAAGUCAGCAAUGUAGUUAGAAUUUUUGCUGAAAAUGAUUCACUUCAGAACCUUCUGAGCUACUUUACAUAAUAGGAAUUACUCAUUUUACCAAUAGUUUCAUUUAGACUCACAUGAAUGCAGCUAAAAAGCUGCCUUUCCUCUGUGGUUUGUGAGGCAUCUGGUGGCAUUUCUGUCUUUUUAAAGGACAGAGGGAUGUCUGACUAUAGCUUGUGGAUCAGAUUGGAUCUUUAUUCCUAGCUUGUGAACAUGUGGGUGUUCAAAUAUGGGUUUAACAAACACUAAGCCUUGCAUAGAGGCAUGCUGUUAAAUUUUUAUCGAAAUCUGGGCAAAGCAGCCACUAUUAACCCGAUCCAGUUCUCCCCGUGCGGCUCAGCGACAUGUUGUCUACACAGACAUGAUUAAUUUGGACUGCUUUACUUGUUUAUUCUCCUCCACAGCUAGCUCAUUACCAAAGCGUUGCAUCAGGAGAACAUUCCAGUGUUUCAACAGUGCUCUGUGGGGUGUGUUAUGCAGGGGUUUUUACAGUGCACUGUGAGUUACAAUAAGUAUUGUUGAGCCAGUACAAUUUCAGAAAAGGCUGUGAUUAUCAGCUGGGGAUAUGCACAACUUUUUGUACUGUUACUAGACUGUGUGUGAGUUGAAAACAGGCUGUCGUCAGAAAUUCUUUACAGAGCCCAUCUAUGUUUCUGAUGUGCCUGUGUUUGGGAAGGGCUGGAAAACAAAUGCUUCUGAUAGACCUGGUUUUGUAUCACUGACCAACAACAAGUACAUCCCAACAUCUGAACCGACCAGCUUCACUUAAGUUAAGGAUUGAAGUGUACUUGAGUAAAAUAAAAAAGUCAGCAAAUGUAAACCAGACAUGACAAAGCAAAAUCCACACAAACACUCUUAUCAUAUUAAAGGGAUAUUCCGGCAUAAAAUUAAGUUAUGGUCAAACACAUGGUCAUAAAUGUUCUUCCUUGAGCUGUGUCACCCACUGCAGUCUGUAAUGGACUGGCCUGAGGUCUCGCUACAAACAAGCGGCUGCUGGAAGAGAGCGGUUGAGCUGUGUUUAGUCUCUUUGCUUAAGAAAUUAGGCAAAGCUAAAAAGAUGUUUGGUGGCCAGUACUAUGGCUGGGACCCUAUAUGUACUGUUGAUGAAGUUAGGCGCUGUUCUGAGCAUCAUUUGUGGCUAUAGAGUGGCGUUUUGGUUGAGCACGUGGCUCUUGAGACCACUGUGUAUUGCUAUCGUGCGGUCAUCACUAAAGUUGGAGAAGCAAGCGGUCGGCAGCUUUCAUCUCUCGACGGGGUGUCUAACUCGGUGUUACGGUGUGUUUGACCAUAACUUAAUUUUCCGCUGGAAUAUCCCUUUAAGCUCAUAGAUUCUUGGAUGUGUAUUGUUUGUUAUUUUUUACUUUAUCAUUGUUUUAUUUUACAUUUAAAGAGUUCCAUCCAAUUAUAAGUCAUUCAUUCAUCAACCCACAUCAAAGUAAAUUUUCUGACACUGAGUUUUUUAUUUCUAGAUGAAGAGCCAAGCAUCACAUCAGAACUUAUUAUAUUAUUGAUUUUAUAUCUCAUGGUGCAGAAUUAGAAAGUGACAUCAUUGUGUCCUUCAGUGUGAGGACAUUUUGAGGCUUUAGUCACUGUAAAUCUUGAUGACCAUCACUUUAUUUACAAUUCUGAAAGUGCUUUGGAUGAUAUCAUCCCAGUUUACUCCACCGCAGUGCUCAGCCUCCCUCUGAUCCCCGGGGUCCCUCCCUCCCCUCACAUCACCGCAGCUCGGCAAAACCUCGUCUUUGCCAAGAAACCCAUUCCCUUAGUGUUUGUGUUUACAAUGUACCGUUUUCCUCUGGGUUAUCCCCUCUUGGGGGGCUUAGCGGUAAACAGAUAUUUACAAAAUAAUCCCAGGUCUACUUAAUUAGGUGCUCCUCCCUGGUGGUGAGUCCUGCGCCCUAGUGUCAACCAGAAGCUGAGCAGCCUGCCCAAUUAGAUGACUAAACAACCACCACGUGUCUUCCCUGCUUACCACCCGUGUUGAUGUGUGUUUUAUGAAGAGCUGCAAGUGUGUCCAAGUACAUGCAUGUGCAGUACAAGUUAGCCUGAGCUAUUUGUGCAGUGUGAAAGCUACUCAGCUUCCUCUCUUAUUCUACUUGCAUUGUACCUCAUGUCUCACUGGACAGUAUGAGCUAAUGGGAAUCCCCCUUAUCACAAAGAGCAGUGAGGGAGGCAUUUCCGACAUUAAAACUCAUCUAAGUCAUGUUUUCAAGGCACUUAGCAUUCUGCAACUCUGAUGAAUAUUCCAGUGAAUUAACAGUCAAUUAAAUAAUAAAUUACUGUUCCAAUCUAAUCACACCAUUGUGGACAAAUUUAUAAUUUUGUACACUUUUAAAUUUUUCUUGAAUCACAUUUGUUACAGUGGUUUAUGAACAACUGAGACCUCAAAAAAGUUUAAGGAAACACAAACAGACACACUCUGAAAAAUCACCUGAAAAGAUUUUACUCCUCAGCUAACUAAUUUCUGUGAUACUCGAAGUUCUGUAGUGAAGGAUUACAUUGUGGUUGACAAGGCGAUGCCCUUGGCACUCAAUGUAGAGCCCUCUCCCACUGCCCCAGUGCAUUUUUAUACACUCCCAGGGAAUAGUAGUGAAACCCCCAGCUACAAAGCUCCAUGGUGUCACACUUUACGGCACUCCCACACAGUCUCCAGUCUCUUGUCACUAGGGCUCACCCCUCCUCCCCCCUUAGUUACAAGGCCUUACGGCACGAGCGGAGCUAUUCCCUCGUCUCUCACUCUCGUCUCUGAGAGCAGGGAGGAGGGCACUGGGAGCCUUUGGGGGAGAAAAUUAAAAAAUAGGAAGAAAAAAAGGAGAUGCUUUCAGCCUGUCAGGAGAGGUACGGGGAAUUCAAGCAAGAUACAGGAAAAGCUGUGGUUGGAUGGAGAGAGUGGUGGUUUUCAGUACCCGUCAAAUUUACAUUUACAUUCAAGUCAGAAAUAUUUUGACUGUUUGUCUCAGACUGUUGGACUAUAUAUUCCAAAUCUAAUUUUAAAAAAUUACAUUUUAACGCUCAUGAAAUUAGAGAGCAUCUAGACGAUCUUUCAGUCACAAACUCUUGACAUUCCCCCGAUAUUUUACGCACACUCUGAAUCUUUAAAGACUUGCUGUAAACACAAGCUCUCACUUCUUGAUAUACAACAUUUCCCUUAAGUAGAGAGGGAGGUGCUACUGGGUAAUAUACAUGCAUAUGAAGGAGGAGGAGUCCUCUGUGGUAGUAAAGUUUUUUUACUGCCAACCCAGAUAUAGUUGGUCAUUUUUCUGUUGUGGUCUUAAUGUUGUUAUGUAAAUCUAAAUGCAGUCUGUAAAUGUGUUUAUUGUUCGUUUGCUUCUGUUAAGUCUUGUUGUGUACACUUUAAAAGGGUUGUGUAAAAAGUAAGAUAUAAUAUUAACACUGUGUUUCAGUCUAACGGUCAAAAACAGGCCCUGCUCCCUUUUAAUAUGAUGGAUUGUCAAAAACAAAAGUAAGAGCAAAAAUAUCAUAUUGGUGCUUUUUCCUCUUGUAACAUGUGUAAAGAGUACAGCAACAGACUACAUCAAGUAUAAAGUAAAGCAUAUAGGAAAAUCAGAUCUGAACUUACAAGAAUAGUGAACAGUUGCAUCUUACCUUCGUUUGCAUGAGCUGCCUUUCCAGGGAAUGAGACACAGAGUCUAACUAAGUUAAAGCAAAUGCUUGACUGAGUCUCUAUGAGUCAUGUAACCUUGAUUUUGGCUGUAACAGUUUUUUUUUUAUUGUCCCUAUUUCCACAGGUCACGCUCAGUAGGAGGUCUCAGCAGAAUUUGGGCUAGUAGUUGCUCCCAGAAUCGUCUUCAGGAGCCUCGAGGACGUCACAGACUGUCCACCGUCAUCCAGCCGCUGCGCCAGAACGCUGGGGAGGUUGUGGACCUCACAGUUGAUGAAGAUGGUAAGAGGUCUUUCUCUAAAUACUGUUUAAAGGAUAACUCCACUGGGGUUCAACACAGAUCUAAUGGUUCAGGUUAUCUGCCGCCACAAAGCUGUGAUUCCUCCAUAUCUUUAUGUUUAUCACUCCAUUAUUCUGAUUUCCAGACUUUAACAACAGAGUUUGAGAAUAAAUGCAGUCGAUCGCUUAUAUAAUUUUACAUUUCCCCAACAUUUUACAUUUGGUGAUUUCACAUACUGCACCAAUUUCAAAAAUGGAGCAAAAGAAAUUGUACAAAAUGAUCUAAAAUAAUGAUUUUGGGUUGUUAUUUUGCUUUAUAUGUUAACUCUAAAGUCAGUUGUAGAAUAAAGGGUUAAAUUUCUGAAUUAACUUAAAACAUACACCCACAUAUUCAAACAUAGAAAGGCACUUUUGUUGUCACAGUACAGAUAGUUCACUCUGGUGAAAAGGAAGCUACUUUGUAACCAGUGAUGUUUGUGUGACUUCUCCAUUUUCAGUCCAUGGCAGAUUGUAGGGUGGUCUAGGACUGUGUAUUAGAGUAUUUGCAUUUGUUAGGAGAUGGAUGGUGAAAUUAAUUUGUGAAUAUGAAAAACAGAGGGAUCACACACACACUGGAAUGUUAAUGAGACCCGUUCCCCUCCCCAGCUGCUGAGCCUCUGCAGACAAGUAUCCACAUGCUGCACAUGCUUACUGUCAGAGUAACAACUAGUACAUCUGUGUGUGGUUUUAAAGAUAUAUGAGCUUCUAUCAGCUUUGAGAGGAAUUGAGAGGAACAGCUGAUACAGAAUCAAAGAGGAUUGAUCAAUAAAAAGAUGAUUUCAUAGCAAAACGUUUUGACCUGGGGUGGCUGACUCUUCUCUUUGGGAAACGUUUGAAAUGAAAAAUAAUACUUGUUGACAGGACUUUUGUACACCAGUAUAAUAACACAUACUUUGAUGAAUUGAUACCUGUAGCUCUUCCUCAAGGAGCAGCUGUCAUUGGUCUACAUUUUCAAAAUAAUCACUUGACCUUGAUUUUCUCUUCACAGAUCUCUCAGUGGUGCCAACGACCUCCAGUAGCAUUCACCCUCAGACUGUCAGGUCGUCCUCGUCGUCAUCUUCUCAUCAUGCCUCUACCUCAGAGCUCAAUGAUGCCCCAGGCCCUUCCUCUAGCUGCCCUGGCUCAAUACCUGAAAGUAUGCACACACAGAGACCAAGUGGCUCUUCUCGCACGACCACAGAGGGUAAGACAGAAGAACGCAUCUUACAUUUUAAAGCAGCUGCUGCAGACACCUCAAUGUGGACCUGUUGUUUUUGACCAAUAUUUAUUGAGGUUUAACAAUUAAAUGAUAAACCAUUCAUAUUAAUAAAACAACUUUCCUGGCAGCAAAGCAAUGCAGUGGUUUUGGACAGUGAAAACAUUUUAUGUAUUGUCUGGUUUGAUUGAUAUUUUGUCUCAAAGCCUACAUUUUUUAAUACUCCCCAGACUGCCAUUAAAAAACCAUAACCUUUUGUUGCCAAUACAUGGCAAUUUUCUACAGCAACACAUGGCAGUAGAUAUAAGAUAUACUGAUUCAUAUUUGUUUUUUCACAUUUCUCCAUCCUAAAGAGAAAUCAAGUGUAUCAGGGCUUCCAGUGUCAAAGAAAUCCUCCAGAGAGUUUUGAAUCACAUUAGAUUUCUACAUGCGAUGAAAUGUUCUUCUGUUGUCAUUGGCUCUGAUUUAGUGUGUGGUUGAUAUUUUAGGAAAAUGUUUUAAAGGUGUGAUUUGUGUUGUUAAAAUGCAGUUACUGUGCAUUGUCACCCUUCUGCUCAGAGGCAGCUUGGGUUGUGUAUUGUCCUUUUGUCAAAUGCUGAUAUUUUAUAACACAUUAAGUCAUUAGAGUUUAUAAUGUUCUCCUCUGUGUGGUCCCCUUAAUCAAUCAAAUAAUCAGUCAAUCAGUCUUUAUUUAUAUUGCACUUUUCAAACGCAUCAAUGUAUCACAAGGUGCUUUACACAGAAAAAGGAAUUAAAGAAACAAAGAAUACCCAGAUCUACCCCAACCUGGGAAUAAAAGAAUACCCAAAUCUACCCCAGCCCAACCCCUCAUUCCCACCCCACGAUCUAAAUGAAACAGAAACAGAAUUAAAAUGCAUGAACUUAAAAAGGGGUUGAUUUGGUGGAAAAAGGAAUAUGUGCACUGAGGAAAGUUAUUUUAAAACUCAAGAUAAGGAAACACUGGAGGUUUAGGUUAAAAUCUAAAAACAAAGAAAAAAAGAAUGAAAUUUAAGAAAUAAUAAAUAAAAUGAAAUAAUAACAACAGUAAAAGAUACUAAAAUAAGAGCACCGAAAAUAGCUCGAUAAAAGACUUAAGUCACCAACACAUUUCUGUAACUGCUUCCCUUUAUUUCUUCUUCUCACAUUUACCUUUUCCUCUCAGAUGACAGCAGACCAGGUUUGUCAGGGACAGCUGGAGAAAACACAGGCACAGCCAUGCCCAGACUGCCAUCCUGCUGUCAGCAGCACUCCCCAUGUGGAGGGCCCUCCACUGGUCACCUGUCCCUGAGCCACUCUCACUCGAGCUGCUUGCAGGCAUCAUCCUCUCAGCAGACCGGCGGCUCUCAGCACGGCCACACUCACAGCCAUAGCCACAGCAGCGCUCACCACUUCAUCCACCAUGUUCAUCACCCAGCACCGCAGCCCCCUGGCACCCUGCCCUUCCAAGAGCCAAGCUGCCCUGUGGAGCGACCCAGCGCUCUGCCCGCACCCUGUGCUGUAGUCAGCAGCAGCAGCAACAACAGUAGCAGCAGCAACACAGCCCACUACCAUGACCAGGUAUGUCAUGCUGCAUUCAAUACGUCCAUGCAGUGGUAGUUGAGGUGUUUUUAAAUGACCACUGCUACAUUACACAAAUAAGGAUGUCCUGUUAACAUGGCGCCGAACAAAUAAAGAAAAUCUGUUUCAUUAGCACCAAAAAAAGCAUCCUAAAUAUCAAGCAUCAUGAAAAAAAUAAACAAAAUGUUUAUGGUAGUUGUGGCCUGAAGUUUGGAGAAGUAAGAUAGUUAAUUUACCCCAAAGGUACCUCAGGCUCUUGGACGUAGUUUCACAUAUAAGAUUGUCUGAGAAGGAUGAGAAAAGUGUUUUCUGUGUGAGUUUUCUCAAAGGUUUUGCCUUAAUUAUAAUCCAUGCUAUCUUGUUCUGACUUUGCCAGAGCUCCAGUUUCAUCUGUCCUCUCCUCGUCUCCCUCACUUAACACACGCCAACACUUGUCUCUGAUCAAGUUCACCUCUCUGACUCCAAAAUUAAUUUAGUGAGACGCAGAGGGGAAGAGGACUCUGAAAUGUUCCACUAACAUAUUCUCCUUCACUCAGGAGGGGAAGAAUAAUAAAUUGGAUACAGCUCAUAUUGUGUAAAAUUUGUAUGUGACUGUAUUUGAAACCUGAGAAACAAAAGUCUCUCAAAGGAAGAAUCGUUUAGUAUUCAAGAGGAGAAGUUUGUCCCUCGUAUUUCUAUAACAACUCCACCUUCCUCCCACAGCAAACUCUGCCAGUAGACCUGAGCAACAGCAGUGUUCGGUCUGGUGGAAACAGCGGGGCUAGUUUCCAUGGCAGCACCUCGGCCUUUGACCCGUGCUGCCCAGGCUCCACGUCACGGCCUCCUGCUUAUGUUUCCCAGGCCACCCCUGGGCCCAGCCAGCCAGCUGUGGUGGACUCGUUCAGCUCCUCCAUGGUGGCUCAACCCCAGCCGCAAACACAACCCCAGCCCUGCAGACAUUACAUGCACCCCUCCUGUGAGUGCUCCGCCGUCCUGCAAUACAGAAAAAAAAACACAAUCACUUCUGCUUGAUUUCCUUUGAGAUUUAAAAUCAUCGCUGUGUACAGGGUUUAUGGUUUUGUGCUUAGUGGACCCUGGUAAGAAUAUCCAAUCCUUUCUCUUAUUAGGGAGAUUCAAAGAAAUAGUAAAAAAAAGAAAUCAGUUUUGUCGGCAAGAAUCAUGUUUUGAUGUUUUUCUUUGUCCCUUUUACAUUUUUAUUGAUUUUCAAAAAAGCAAAACAAAGUUUCACAGCUCUAUUCCAUGUUACACAAUACUUGCAUAGAUGGCUCAUAUUUCACAUCCAGCUUCAGUUACAAAACACGAAAUACAGAGGGACUGGUAAACAUUUACAAAUGAGUCGAUCCUGAGGCCGGAUUUAUUCCUCUCAUAUCAAAUUGAUCUUAAUUUGGAGCGUCUUAGCUUGUUUUUCCCGUUUUUGAUAAAAUAACUCUAUUUUCACAUCAAUGCAGAAUCCUAGCUUCUCUAGUGUAAGAACGUCAGAAAUUAGAGAUUCCCAAACUUGCACUUUAUCAUAAUAGCUUUCCUGGCCAACAUAAAAUAAAAUGGAUUAUCUCCCGAUCAGCCUUCAGUCAUCUUGGUAUGCUUCCUAGUAUACACAUAAGAGAGCUGGGUGACACUUGUUGUCCUAUCACUACCCUUAACAGUCUAGUUCCUGUAUAAGAUCUACAUUUGAAACAUGUCGGGGAGGCCCCUGGAGUCAACAUGCUGUAGAUGUGUUGAGAAAUGUAGACAUUAUUUUCAAUAUUAAGCUGCAUCUUCUUAUUUUGUUCCCUUUUUUAUAAUUAAAGGGAGAAAAAAAAAGUUGUUUGGGGAAAUAUGUGAAAUGAUUUCCCUCUCAGGCUGCUGUAGGGGUGUGUCUAUGUCUGUGUUUGAGUGACAGCAGCUGCCAGAGCGCUGCUGUUAAACCACUGUGAACAAAGAGCAAAGAGACAGAAUAAACACAUUUGUACUGUAGCUCACAUGUCAGCACACACUGUGAUGUUUGUUUUAUUGAAGACUAAACAUCACACCGGUGUCUGGAAAGAAAGAAGCGACAUUUUCGGGGAUGUUAAUGUGCUGUUUGAUAUCUUGUGUGUGUGUCAGAUUGAUUUUACUGUUUGAUUUCUGCUAAAUGACCAUGUUUUUGUCACUUGUUCUUGAAGGAAAAGACUUGUGAAUUCAGAGUUAAGUGAGGAGGAUUGUUAGGCAGAUGUGACUUGUUUUAAGUGUGUGUUUUUUUGUGAAUCUGGAUGUUAACUUGAUGUGAUCAUGCAUGAUGGAGAAAACGUAGCUUUCAAUCAAAGCAGGCAGUUUGGCAAGAACUUUUAGGCUCCGUCAGAGAAGAGUACAGCACAAUAGAACCAAAAACUAGGGAUGAUGAAUUUCUCACUUUUGGUUUCGAUUGAUUUUUACUCUCUUGAAGGCAGCAUAAAUAAUUUACAGAGCUGCUCUGUGAAAUCAUUUGCUUCCGUUCACCUCAAGUGUCAGCCGCUGCAUUUGUGAAACUCUCUCAAUCCCUUCGCCACAGUACUUGUGAAAAUUGGCAGACAGCUGCAUUCCUCAAACCUAAUGCUAAUAGUAAUUAAACCAAGCCUGCUGGUUAAUGUGCCAAGUGCUGUGGGAACUGCACCAUGCAGGAGUAGCUAAUUGCUCAUUUAACUCAGACUAGUGCAGUAUGGAGAGCGAAGUUGUGUGACAAGGCUCCCUGGGGGGGUGUGGUGAGAGGGUUGGUUGCUGCCAGUGCCGACACUCACCUCCUCAUUUUACUGCUGUUAGCAUUAGUAGCAAGAGAGUCUGCAAAAACGAUCCACAAAAUAAUUAAUGAGUAUUAUCAAAGGGAUGACUACUAAUACCAACUGAGAUCUAAUUUUCUUUUUUAAAAACUUUGUCAGUCCUGCUAAUAAGAGAGUCCGCUGGUUUUAGAUAUGAACAGUCAACCUUUUCACAAACAUUGUAAGGAAAUAAUGUGAGGGUGGAUUUUGUACAGUUUUUUAACAUCUCUAAAGGGUAGAUUUUUCUAGCGAUUCUGUUCAUGCAUAAACAAUCGGAGAAGUUACUGAUAGAAAGAGUGAACUGACCUGAUUGUUAAGUGCUGCCUGUGGAGGCGUAGUCUGGUGUAACUUUACAGAGUGAGAAAUACAGCUUAGUUUUUUUAAGGUCGGGUGAACUAAACUCUGAAAUAUGAAAGAGGAUUAGGGCCACAUGAAAAGAAAAGAAAAAAAUUACUGGAACUAGAUUAAAGUCGAAAUUUUGAGAUUAAAGUCAAAAUUUCAGGAUUAAAGUCGACAUGAAUUAAGUCAAAAUUUCAUGAAUUAAAUCGAAGUUUCGAGGUUAAAGUUGAAAUUACAAGAUCAAAGUCGCCACAAAUAAACAACAUUGUUACUCGUCAUUUCAUUUCACUUCAUAAACUUUAUUGUCCCUGUGGGAAAAUUUGACGUGGACUCUCUGAUGGUUCUGCAGUCGUAAGAGGAACAGUAACGUUUACAAACACGCCACAGUCACAACUUGACAACAUGUCCUCUGUAGAAGAGUUUGUGAGGCUGUACUUUAGAACUGGUUUUAGUAACAAGGAAGUCCUUUUUUCUUUUAGCACACAAACACAGUGUGGUCAUAAGUAUUCAGACUCUGAAAAGACUGCGCCGAAGAUUAUGAUGCAGAUGUAGGGUUAUCGAUGGUUACACCUGUGUGCUAUACAGCGUGGCUAUGUCAUACCUGCCAACAUUUGGGUCAUAGAAUCCAGGAGAUUUUUGCAGUGUGUGUGCCGGGCAGUUUUGGGGUUAUCUUGUAUGGUAGAUAUGAGCAAAUUUUGAGAGUAUUUGUAAUUAAAUUGCUCAUCCUAAGAAGUAUAAGUGCUACACUUUCUUUUUUGUUUUUCUCAAAAUUUCGACUUUAAUCUCAUUCCUGUAAUUUUCUUUUUCUCUCCAUGUGGCCCUAAUCCUCUUUCAGACAAACAGGAGCUGGUCAUUUUUUAUUGAAAACUUCUACAGGAUUUUUUUUCUUGGUAACAAACUUUUACAGUCUAAAGUGUUUAUCGUGUUUAACUAUUAAAACUUUUCCUUUUACUCUUUCCUCAUAUCUAGAUGGCCCACUGGCACGUUCACUGCAUCAUCAGCCCUCCUCCGCCUGCCCUCACUCCCAUGGGAACCCCCAGCUUACACCUCAGCCCCCUCCACAGGGCGAUUAUGUCAUCCCCCACACCGUCACCUUUCAUCCACCGCUGUCAUCCCACCCUCCAGGCCACGCUGUGCCCCCUGCCCCUCCCCCUCCUCUGUCUACCCACCACCUCUCUAGUUCAAGUGCCCCGCUGGCCCAGCACCUGCCUGCGGAUCACCAGACCCUGCCUCACCAUAUACCGGCACUCGGGGCCUCAGUGCAGAGGCUCCAUCAGCAUGAGAUGCUGCAGAGGAUGGAGGUCCAGAGGCGCCGGAUGAUGCAGCACCCUACGUGAGUAACACCCUUACCCUGAUGAUUCUUCAUCACACAUAAUGAAAUCAAUGUUUGAGUCUGUGUUUCUAUUCCUGCAGACGAGCACAUGAGCGUCCGCCUCCUCACCCACAUAGAAUGCAUCCCAACUACGGCCAUGGACACCACAUUCAUGUGCCUCAAACUAUGUCUUCCCACCCUCGCCAGCCUGAGCAAAGGACAGCCUGGUCAGUAUCAGAAGCAGAGAUUCUGGCUUGGUUUUCCUCAUUUCACCCCGCUGUAACGUGAUCUGAUCAAAUAUCAAAUUAUCUGAUCAAAUAAAUAUUUCAGUUCGAGUGGAUGAAAGUGUAAAAGUAACUUUUUCUGAGUGAGUGACUUUUUGUUUUUUUUCUCAAUAGGGAGCUUGGCAUCGAGGCUGGAGUGACCGUGGCACCGUUCCCUUCAGGGCACCUGCACUCACACCUGCCUCACUACCACCCUCCCCCCAGACUGCACCACUUCCCCAUCCCUUUCAUGGUGAGAGCAACCCCUCAGCGCACACGCAUAUAUUAGCAUAAAUGAGAAAAAUUCACUUUUAUAUGAAGUCUGGCUUAGAUUAAUGGUGUGGGGCCCUUAUUUAGAACAUCAGUUAUUUCAAGGCUGGUUUGGUGGACCACAUGAAUAAUGCAUCAGCAAUUAAUAGUGGCUCAUCAGGCAUUUCAAGUGCACUCUUAACAAAUCCGCAAGCCUGAAGACUUCUCCUGCACAAACAUACUCGAUAGUUUCCCAGUUUUGUUGCAGUGUUCCCUCGUCACCCUCAAACAUCAAAACAUAAAGUGUCUUUUCUUGUCUGUAGCUUUUAUUAAGGUUGAGUUGCCCUUUUACCAAAUAUCUACAGUUUAUUACCACAUGCUCGCUCAGAACAGGGGGCUAAACUAGUAAAACUGUAGGAAGUGAAAUUUCGAUAAUCAGACCAUCAAUCUAUUUGAUUUUAUUUGAUUCUUUUCCUUUUAGCUCUUUUACUGCCAUUAUUAAGUAUUUAUCAGGAGAAUACACACAGAGCCCCCACUGAUACAUGAAAAUCAAAAAUACAAAAGUUUUUACUCAAAGCUGAGUGUCUAAAAAAAUUCUAACAAGAAAAAAAUACACUGUAUCAACAUACGUUCUGUGUUUAUUUCCACUUGAAAUGACCUAUUUUUCACUUUCUGCAAGUAGCUGUCCGUCAGUCUUUCAGCCUUUGGGCUUUGGCAUUUCUUUUUUGCUAUGGCAGGCGACAUAAGUGUAAUGUUCAAAAAUCAAGAAUAGUACCUAACAAUCUUAGAUGCACAAAGAUUCAUCAGUUGGACUAAACAUGGCUCUGAAUAGAACAACAGAACAACAGAGUCAGACAAGAUGAUAACUGCAAAUGUUAUUGGUCAGUUAACAGAGGACAGAAACAACAGAUUAUAUUGGAGCCUGUGAUCCUUUAGUAUUUCUGGCAUUCUUGUAAUAAGUUAUGACAGAGUUGAAAGAAGCGUGUCAGAGUGUCUUCUUUUCGUAGUUAAACUGAAUAUAACGUUUGCAUGUUUUUCUUUUGUCCUACAGCACACUGGCAUAUCUGAAGUGACCUACCCACACAUUCGGUACAUCUCAUCUAGAAUGACUGGCUUUGGACGAACCUACGAGGUGAGCAGCGUCAUCAGUACAACCUUAACAAGAGCUGGGCCCAUCACCGCAUUAAUAUGACAAAGAUAUGAUGAAGAUAUAAAAGCAGUAGAAACAUAUCGUCAUCAUUCAAGAUAAACAUUGAAAUUGGAACUUUGCUGACAAAGCAGAUCAAGAUCAGACUAAAAAUCGACAAAAUGGACAAUAUCGUAGAAUCGCAGUUUAAAUCCAAUCAGCAUCCGAAAAUCGUAGAAGAAAAGCACAUCAUCUCAGCCCUAAUGAUGAUUUACUUCUCAGGAAAAGUAUGGUGCAUUUUGUCACAGUUUGACAUUCUUUAAGGGUGGUAAAAUUCCUUUUGCCUGGCAGAAUGUGUCCGUCAUUCUCACCUCAUGUAUUGAUUCUGCCUUCAUUCAGGACCUGCUGCAUUUAGAGGAACGAUUGGGGACUGUGAACCGAGGAGCCUCUCAGGGAACCAUAGAGAGGUGCACUUAUCCACACAAGUACAAAAAGGUGAGGGUUUGCAAGACAGUUUGACACUUUGAAAACAACAUUUCUCAUUGGCUCAUUGUGUGUAUACUAUUGUCAAACUAGUGCAUGUCUGUUACAGUUUAUUCUGGGACAGAGUGCGCAGUGGUCUUUUGUGCUCAUUUCAAACUGCUGAUGUUUUGCCAACAAUUAGCAAAAAUUCUGUAGUGUGUUUUACCAGAGAUUGCAGCUGUGAAGACAUUGUUGGGGAAAAGUUUCCUUAGAGGCUUCAAAUGUAUCUAAAUAAACAAUCUAACACCCUGCCACCCAAUACAGAAGGUGUUGGAGAGAGACAUUGACCAAGAGUUAACCCCUGAAGCUUGGGCAUCUAUUGGGAAAAAUAUGCACGCAACCCCAGAAUCGGUGAGAAAUAAUGACAAAAUUAAUUUGGAAACAUGUCUGCUCUCAUGUACAGUAGAUGUUAGUUUUAUUCUUGGGGGGCCAGGGGAUUCGGCUGUAAACAAAGAUUGAUUUGGAUAAAUGUGACUUAUGUAGCAUAGAGACAGCAGAAAGUUUUUCUGUUUUCAGGACAAAACGACCAUUCUCUCUGUCCCCAAAAGAAUUAAAGGCUCUUUGUUGUUGAACUGUUUGCUUAUUUAUCCUUGUUUACCCUUUGAGGCGAUACUAUAUUUUUAUAAUGCUGUAAAUGUCCUUGUAGUGUUACCAAGCAGUUCAAUUCAUAUGUUAAACAGACAGCAGAAUAAUAGGGUUAUCAACCACAUGUAAUGUCUCUGCUGAAGCAGCUUCCCCGAUUCAAAAGUCAUGUUUUCAAACGUUUCUCCUUUGCAGAGAAAGCUGCAUGGUAAGCAAGAUGAAGAUGAGGGCGCAGAUGAAGACACUGAGGAAAAAUGUACCAUCUGUCUGUCGAUACUGGAGGAGGGGGAGGAUGUCAGGUAAAUGCCCCCCUGGGUGUACUCUGCUGUUUUUUCUUCCUAUUUUAAGUCCUUAAAUGAUGCUUUCAGGCUCGUGUGUGUGAGUUUGUGAACACAGACAUGUGGGCUGGCAGGUGUGAAUGUUCCUUAGUUUGUACCACUGACUGUCUCUGGAGAUAUUUGGCUUUUUCAAAAAACCCAAAGGUAUACUAAUCAGCAGAAAAACCCCAGAGUGCUUUAAUAUGAAUGUCCUGGUGGAGCUGUUUUUGGCAUCUGUUCAGGUUUUUGUGCAAAGGAUUUUCUGCCCUCUGUUGGUACUCGAUGAUGUGAUGAGUGGAAAGAAAAACUGUUCAUAAGUUCUUUGUUGAGGAAAAACAAACAAAUAUUUUUAUAAAGUUUGAUUUUUUUUGUUAUGUUUAUAUUUAUGGUCAAAACUGGUACUGGAGUCCUCAAUCACCACCACAAAUUUCAACCCUACGCAGAAAAGAAAACCAAGAAAAGGGGAGCAACAUAAUUUUCUGCCUUAUUAGAUGGAUCCUGCAACACAAGUGACAUAUUCUGUUUCUCUGACAGUUUAAUGUGUGAGCAAGAGUGUUUUUUUUGUCUGCUUGGUGAUUCCGGUUGAGAAAUCAAACUUCCUGUUUGUUUUGGUGGUUAGCAUUAGCAUGUGAUGCCCUCAUCUUUACUGGACUUGUCACGUUUGUUGGCUUCAGUGCGUGACUUUGAGGGUGUUUGAAGUUGAGGCCUCGGCUUAUUAAAGUCAACAAAGUAAAAAAAAAUCAGGCUCAAUAGAAUAUGCUGAUAAAGCUUUUAUGAAAUGUUGAAUGUUUUCAGCAUGUCCUGUGAGAUUGUUCAAGUUGAGUUCUGGCAUUUUCUAUGGUUGUUUUUACUGCUAAUGCCAUAACAAGAACUCUCUUUAUCUUCCAGCCAAUUGUGAUUUUGUUUUGAAAUGUUUCCAGACUCUUUUCAAUGCACUCCUGAGUAUUGAUACAUGUAGGAUGACACGUGGAGAAUUAAUCAACUCAAAGCAGAAUUUUUCAUCUUGAUGAUAUUGAAGAAACAUGUCGGCCAUUGUCAGGUUUUGGUAGUUCUUGAACAAAGUUUCUGGUCCAUGACAAAGACAUUUCUAGCUCGAUCAGGAUCCAGCAGCACAGACUUCACAUCGCUUUAUCACUGAUUUCACUUUGUUGUUGUUUUGAUCUUUCUUGGAGUUAUUCACUCGUACAGAAGACAUCAGCAGACUGUCCGUCAGAUAAAUUACGACAGAAUUUCAGGCACAGCAGGUAGAACAGGUGAAGCUGCCGAUCAUUAAAGGUCAUGUAAGCAGGAUGGACAGGUUACUUGUCUUCAGUUUGUGUCCUUUUCAUUUUGCUCAUACAGAUUAAUUUCUCAGAUCUGUCUUUUAUUAUUGGGGUGUUCACAUGACUUUUGUGGCCUGUGUCAGAUUCCUGCAUUCACUGGUCACAGUUCUGAACUGACCCACAUCCACUAAACAGCGUCAAGACGUCACAUCAUCUUGAAUACUUGAGCUAACGUGACCACCGCUGGAGUAUUUGUGGUUGUUAAAAUUGAUAAGCAGUCAGAGGCAGGGAGUUUGUGAGCAGAUGAUGGCGUUGAGUCCAGAUCAGAUUUCAUGUGACUUGUCCUGUUCAAACUGUCCCAAACAAACUAGACCAGAAUCACUAAAGCUUGCAGAGUGACUAGUCUUUGAGGUCCUUAAAAUCCCGUUCUGAUACAUCUCUAAUUCCUCUCUUCUUCUUCUUCCUCUUCCCCACCAGACGCCUUCCAUGUAUGCACCUCUUCCACCAGCUGUGUGUGGAUCAGUGGCUCCUCACCAAUAAGAAGUGCCCCAUCUGCAGAGUGGACAUUGAGGCGCAGUUGUCUGCUGAGAGUUGAUGCUGUUGUUUUCUUUUUUUUUCUAACACCCCUUUUGUUGAAAAAGAUUAUUUUGAGAUCAUUUAAAGUUUUCUCUUCAGUACUGCAGUCAACCAAAGAUGGCAUGAUUUACCUGCGCAGCUCUACUACGAGAAAAAAAAAAAAAGAAAAACAUCCGACAAAAAAGCAUUGAGCCUAGAGUGCCAGCUUUCACAUAUUACUACAACAGCUAGACUUCUCCAUUAAGGGUUUAAGAUUUUAUUGUAUUUAUAAAGCUUUUAUGUAGCUUUCGAUUGUUUCCUCAAGUGUCAUUUUUUUGUUUCGUUUCUCUGCAUGUCUCCUUGCAAUGCAUUUCUUUGCACAUAUAACGUGGGCUCAACAGGGCCCAACAACUUGCAGGUGAGGAAAGCUGCUCUAGUAAAGAUGCAUUUCUGUAAACCUAAUGCCUUGCUUUACUAGGAUAGAAUGUCAGCCUCCAGUUUUUUUAAGAAAAAAAAAAACAACAUUGCAGGAUUCAUUUUACCAAUCAUUGUAUUGAUUAGUUUAUGUUUAGAAGAUGUGGAUUGUUAGUGAAAGAUGUUUUUUAAGUAAAUCAAAACAUUCCUAACUAGGGAAAUAUGUUAACAGAUCAGCUGCUGUAUUAGUGCACACUCAGUAUUUUCUAGAGUGGAAAUAAAACUCCAAUGUUCACCUCACUCCCAGAAUAUGCACAUGCUUUGCUAUGAUAACACCUUCAUCCAGCACCUUCAUUCGACUAGAAACACCGCCAUCACCACCACCAUCAGAUGUAUUUAAGAGGACAAGGAAAAGAAUGUUUUAUCCCUCUCUCGACUGUUCUUUCUAAACGGAGCGAUUGUUGGAUCUGCUGUGAAUCUUCUCUUUUCUGUUUGAAACAGGUUGAAUAAGGUUUGUGUAAGAUGAUCUCAGGUCAGCAUUUGUGUGAGAAAUCUCUCAUGAGCCUGUAACCUGGGAUUAUUGUUUUCAGUUUGAUGCAGGCAGUGGCAUUUACUUUUUUUUUUUUUCAAUUUUUCCUGUGUGUGAGUGCGUGUGUGUGUGUGUGUUCAGAGGGAAAUACACAGCUCAAUUUGGGAUAAAUAUUUACUGUUUGUUCUCACACUUCAAACCAUUUUUAUCCACCCUCCCCUUUGUCUUUCUGUAGUCGAGCAGCAGCGUCCAUUUUGGCUGCUGGGAGAAAGAAAAAAAAAAAACACUAAUACUGUUGACUAACUCACUCGCAUAGACUUGCACAAGAGAGAAAAAGGUAGGGGAGUAGUAAUGAAUAUGACAGUGCACUGAGGCCAUGUAUUUCCACUCUGAUGAACAAGGAGAAAAAUGAAAAAACAAAACAAACAAAAAAAAAGAUAUUUUGAAUGGAGUGUUGAAAUGCAGUACUUAAAGCAGGUAUCCAUGCAUUCAUUGACUUAAAGGCACCAGGAUCAUAUUCUGUGGGAUUUAUAUUAGUUUUAAAAAAUAAUAUUAAUAAACUUGGAUAACUCUUGA